AUGGCUAUAGAAUCCUGCUCUGACCACGAGGAUGACGCUGCUGUUGUUCGUGCUAAACGACGCAUUGCAGCUUUGGAACAUGAGGUUGAGGUUCUCAAGGCCAGUAACAAGCGAGUCAAGCCGCAAGCCGACUCUAACGUACACAAAGGACGAGCCAUUCGUCGGUUGGUGUCCUUGUUCGAUGGCCUCGAGGAUCUCAUAGCCGAAAACGACCGACGUGAAGAGUUGCUAGACUCGUCGGAUUCGCCAGAUCAGCUCGUCUCUACUCAAGACGAGGACAGGACCAUCAAGUCAUUCAAUGAACUUAUUUGUUGCCUUCCUUGGCUGAAAAAAAAACUUUCGUCGGAUGUUGAUGAACUUGAUUCCAUUUUGAAAGACUUGCGUAAAGGCGCGGACAGCGCCCGAGGGGAUGAUACCGCCAAUCUCAAACAUGCGAUUGUUACGUGGCUCACCGAACUUUUUCACCCCCUGGACCCGCCUCUUCACACAGCUACUAAAGAUGAUCGUGGGUUUGUCCAUCACAUCACAGGCAAGCUCCUGUGUCCUAUAGAGUAUACUUGGUCUCUCAACUCGACCAAGGAAAAGAUCAGGGACAGGGACCCUGACUACCUUGUCACAGCUUACUCUUGGCCGGCAUUUCUAUACACGGACUACACUUUUGACCCUGGCAACAUUGAAAGGGGGCUCUUUCGUUCAGCUCUACUGAUCAAAGCCUUCAAACAUCUAUUUACAUCUCCAUCUUCUGCCAAAGAAGUUGAAGGUGAUGGUAAUGGUGCUGAUGCUAUUGUAGCCUCUCAACGCCGCCGGUCCUCCGAGAGCGACGCGGCUACUCGUAGCCACCUUCGGUUUUCCCUCUCCAAUGUCAACUCCUGGCGGAGUAUUGACGGCGACUUCGAUUAUUAUGUUUUCUACAACAAUAUAGUUGACUUUUUCGAGGUUGCGCCUGGCAUUGACGCCCAAGCUCGCAUCAAGGAGUUGUUAAAGUGGUGGAACAGGAAGGUUUUUGGAAAGACUCGCGCUAUACCCCUUACACAGGCUCAGCUGGGGAGGUUCUCCGUGUCUAGAAUGACUUCGCAGAGAACCGUGCACGAGGGAGGUUCUCCGUAA